GAGUCCUAACCACAUUUACAGGACUCCGCCCAACUAGGGAAUUCCCUUGUAGAUUAUGGGUAUUUCCCACUGCAAACUAACUUUCUACCGCAACAAAUUUCUGUGAGUGCUGUGCUGUAGAACUCAAGAUCAGAGAUAUCUACAUGUAAUUGAUAGAUCUAUUCGGCAUCGAACAGUGAACAUUUUCAAUAUGGCAGGUCACCAUGAUCAAGUGUGCAAUACAGCCAACUAUGUGUGGAAUACUCGUGAGAAGCUUGGCAUUGGGGCCACAGGGGCGGUGUACGUCGGCUACAACAAGGCGAGUGGAGAUCGUGUGGCAGUGAAGAUGUUCACAGGCGGUCCUCAGUUCAAGUCCAUUAAAAGGGAGAUUGAUGUUGUGCAGCAGUUAGCCAAACACGAGAACAUUGUCUCCCUCUUUGGGGUGGAGGAAGACCGUAACUACCACAGUCGGGUGAUCAUUAUGGAGCUUUGCACGAGUGGCAGCUUGUUUGACGUUAUUGACUCCCCAGAGAAUGCAUACGGGCUCUGUGAGACAGAGUUUAAACAGGUCAUAUAUGACGUAGCCAAAGGACUGCAGCAUCUCCGUCAGCACAAUUUUGUGCACAGAGACAUCAAGCCGGGAAAUAUCAUGAGGUGUCAGAAACCAGAUGGAAGCUUUGUUUUCAAGCUAGCCGACUUUGGUACUGCCCGUGAGCUAGAGCCUGGAGAGAGGUUCAUCUCCCUCCAUGGCACAGAGGAGUACCUCUACCCUGGCAUGUAUGAGAGGGCUCUCAUCAACCCUCAGAAGAAAGAGCAGUUUUCAGCUAAGGUUGAUCUUUGGAGUGUUGGUGCCACUUUUUUCCAUGCUGCCACUGGCAGACUGCCCUUUCAGGCGUUUAGAAAAAGAGAGGACAGGGACCAAAUGUUCAGGAUAAUCUCUGAAAAGAAAAGUGGAAUGGUGUCUGGCUGGCAGACUGAGUCCCAGGGCCAAGUCAAAUAUAGCUCAACACUGCCAACUGACAUAAGGCUUUCUCAGGGAAUGUCCCAGCUAAUUAGAGAUGUUCUCGCGGGAGUGAUGGAAAACGACAUUAACAAGAUGUGGGAGUUUGACAUGUUCUUCAAGCAGAUCGAGCUGAUACACAGGAAGAAGGUUGUGGAUGUGUUCUGUGUGUACUCCUGCACCUGUCACAAGAUAUUUAUUGACCCUGAUGACACAAGUGGACAAUUAAGACUCAUGGAGGGCAUUCAUACUCAGACUGGCCUGCCAUUGGACCAACAAGAAUUGUUCUUUGAGAACCUUCCUUUCCAGCCGGGAGAGCCAAUGCUAGCAUCCAACCUACCCUCCACAACCGCCGAUCGGCCCAUCACAGUGUUUGGGGGCACCAGUAAGAAGGCACUGGACCUAUACUCACCACCGAUGCCGUCUGCGCUCUCAGCCCCUCAGGGACUGGCGCUGGAAGCUGACCUCCGGUUUGCCAAAGAGUGCACCAAGGUCGUCUACAACUUUAAACACCAUGUGGAACAGUUGGAAAGAGUCUAUAGACUCAUGCAUCAGUCGGCUCUAUGUUACGGGUACACAGUGAAACACGAGUUCUUUCUACUGGAAGGGAGGCUGUUGGCCAUCGAGCAUCUCACCAGUGCCACCUGCAGGAUGCUCAGUAGUCAGAUGUCUGGGUUGACCAGUAUGAGUGAGACAGUGUCCGCCCUGAAUCAAGUCACCUCUGGAAGGUUUCAGGAUGAUAUUCAAGCACUUGUGAGAGAAAUAACUAAAAAGGAAGACAUGAUAAAUUCGGUAAAUACAAAGCCUCAGGAUCUUCGUAUCAAGAUUGAAGAGCACAAAAAGGACUUUGCAUUCCAAGACAACCUCUGGGACAGCAAGAAAGGAGCGGAUGUUUUUCAUCGGAGCAUUGAAUCGAUACAGUACCUGGUAGCGAUAGUGGACAAAGACUUCAAAGCAUUUCAGAGAGACAGAAAACACAAAUCUUUGAACACACAUGACCAGAAGGUGCAUGGAUUCACAAAAACUCGGCUCCAGCAGAGACUGGGAGAGGCCCAAGAGAAGGUCGUGACCUUGCUCUCUGCCAGGAUGCAAGUGCACGGGAGCCUCACCGACUGGUUACUGAGAAUGAUUCCCCUGAGGGCUGAUGUGGCUCUGAUUAGUCAGUUUAUUGACAAGCACUCUGAUGAAUGUAACAGCACCCUGCGACAAGCAGAUCAGUGGGAGAAUGAACAUAAGAGGUAUCUGGAGAUGGUGAACCAGAAGAUAGCCUCUGGUGGGUUUGGUCAGCCUGCGAGGAUGCCCAAGUUUCAACCAGAUGUGAUUGAAAUACCAAGACAUCUGUGUGCUCGCCUGCAACAAUCCAGAAAUGAGCUGUCAACGGCGGUUGGACAGCAGAAAGAAUUGCUUAUCAGACUAAAUAAGAUUUCCGUCAGCAGCGAUGAUGCUAACAGUCCUCACACUGGCAAACACUUGACCUCAAGAAAUUAGCUUUGUGUUAUACCUCAAACUAAAACAAGCACACAUUAUUUUGUGUUUAAAAGCACAGAAUAAUUAUUAGUUGUUUUUUUUCUGCGAGUAUAGUGUUAGCUAAUCGCUGUAUACUUUAUGCAAAAUUAAUAAUACUCCAAAUCGA